AUGAUACUUUCUGUUUUGUCGAGCCUUGCUUUGGUCUCUGGUUUGAUGGUUGUACGUGCUAAAAAUCCGGUACAUUCCGUUUUGUUUCCCAUCCCAGUCUUUCGCAACACUUCAGGUUUACUUCUUUUGUUAGGUCUCGACUUUUUCGCUAUGAUCUUCCCAGUAGUUCAUAUAGGAGCUAUAGCUGUUUCAUUCCUAUUCGUUGUUAUGAUGUUCCAUAUUCAAAUAGCGGAGAUUCACGAAGAAGUAUUGCGCUAUUUACCAGUGAGUGGUAUUAUUGGACUGAUCUUUUGGUGGGAAAUGUUCUUCAUUUUAGAUAAUGAAAGCAUUCCAUUACUACCAACCCAAAGAAAUACGACCUCUCUGAGAUAUAUGGUUUAUGCCGGAAAGGUACGAAGUUGGACUAAUUUGGAAACAUUGGGCAAUUUACUUUAUACCUACUAUUCCGUCUGGUUUUUGGUUCCUAGUCUGAUUUUAUUAGUAGCCAUGAUUGGGGCUAUAGUACUGACUAUGCAUAGGACUACUAAGGUGAAAAGACAGGAUGUAUUCCGACGAAAUGCUAUUGAUUCUAGGAGGACUAUAAUGAGGGGGAUGACAGAUCUACUAAAGGAAAGUAGCUUGAUAUUGGUUCGAAUCCAAUUCGUGAGAUGGCCAUCUUGGUCAUAUAGAUGUCUUGACACCCUUCUUUUCUUUUCUCAUUUUCGAAUGACUGUCCCAUUCCAUUUUUGGUAUAACUUCAAGCCUGGACCCGCUAUACGAUGUAUUAGUAGAACCCCUGGGAUACGACGCCUGCUCCUUGAGUAUCAUGGGAUUGAAUACCCCGACCUCCCAGAGGCUCCCGAGAAAGCUAUUUCAGCCUUCCGGACAGUUAAGGGCAAUUCCUACGUCCCUCAUCGGUCUGAAUCCCCACCCCCGCAUAACACUUACUAG